UCCACUAAGAGAAGUUACUCUUUAGUACUUCGGAUGCUACCGGAGCGCAUUGCCGGGAAGAUCGUUCUUAAGUCGAUUUUUCUUUUUUUAAACGACACUACAGAAUAUAAAUCAUUUCCUUGGUCGAUAUCAUCUCGAGCUGAUUUUUCUCACGAUACGUUUUAACUCGUAAUUUUUGUUCUUUUUUUUUUUCUCUCUUUCUUUUUCUUUUUUAAUCGCACGCACGAUCUUACAUUCGAUCAAUGAUACGGACUUUAUAGGAUCGAACGAUCAUUCCUCGAUCGGUGAAAGUUCAGUUCGCGUCAGCGAUACUUAUAUCGUCGCGGUGAAAUGUGUAAAAAAAAGAAAUAUCUCUCGACGUCUGGCUUAAGUUCGAAGAGAUUUUGUUUCGAGAAGAGAAACGGGGGAAGGCACGGAUCGUGAUCCAUUAAAAAAUUAUUAUCUAUUUCGUGAUAGGAGAGGGAGAUUAAUAUUCAUUUUAAAUGUUGCAAAGGAUAAUAAUUAAAAAUGCCGUGCAUUCCAGAAAGCUCGAAGAUCUAUGAGCAAAGAUGAACGAUAGUCGAGUAUAAAAAAUGGCACCAUUCCACGGCAUGGUCCUACUGUUGCUAGGAAUCGGUUACCUGUUACACGCGGAACCAUCUUUCGGUCAUCGCGAUAUAGGGAUAAUAGCGGAUGACGUUAGAUCGAGACGAAGAGAAGAUCACGGAUAUUCACCUGUUUUGGAAUAUUUUUACGGCGAACGUAUUGACAACGAGAUGCGCAAGCAUUAUUAUCGUACAAAAAGGCACACAUAUUUUUCCGAUGAUCUUCCACAAAACGUGACGGUCGCCGUCGGUCAAUUCGCCGUGUUGUCGUGCCGAGUCGAAAAUUUAGAAAACAGGACAGUAUCUUGGAUGCGAAAGAAGGACGUUAGGAUCCUAACGUCCAUGGAGACGACUUAUACCGCCGACAAGAGAUUCGCGAUAAUCGGUAAAUCGCCAAAUUGGGACCUACGUAUAGAUUCCGUGCAACCCGAGGACGCUGGUAUUUACGAGUGUCAAGUUAAUACCGAGCCAAAGAUGGACAGAGCGGUCAAUUUGAAGGUCUUGGACGUACAAGCAAAAAUCCUUGGCUCCGAAGAGGUAUACGUGAAGAAGGGAAGUAAAAUCAGUUUGACCUGUACCGUCGACAUGCAGGACGUACCACCGAGUAACGUGACUUGGUAUCACGCGGGUUCGGUCAUCGACUUUGAUAGUCCAAGGGGUGGCGUUUCUUUGGAAACCGAAAAGGGCAAGAGCUUUACCAAAAGCAUGCUGGUAAUAACGCGCGCGUUACUCAACGACAGCGGCAAUUACACGUGCUUCUCAAAUAAGGCUGCUCCAGCUAGCGUGGUGGUUCACGUGUUGAACGGAGAACAUCCCGCGGCGAUGCAGCAUGGAGGCAGCGAUAGUGUCAACAGAAGGAUAGUCUUAUUCCUCACGAUCGUACUACCGAUCGUUAUAUUUCGAAAAUACCAUGUAAUCCACUCCAUUGACCGCUGCCAUAUAGGAACACAGCUAACACACGCACGCACGCACACACACACACACACACAUACAUCAUCUUAUCCCAUAUGAUCUUCGUGUUGUUCAUCGUCUCGAAACUCAUCGCUGUAGAUUAACGUCGAUCUAUAUCAUUGCAUGUCGAUCCUGGAAUGUAUCAUUGCUACGGCCUAAUAAAUUUCUUUGAAAUUAUAA